AUGGCGCGUAGUCCGAAGAAACGUUCAAGGUCUAGAAGUAGGAGCAGAAGUGCCUCCCCAUCUAAAAAGAUGAGUCCAAAGAAGAAGGCGACAAAGAAAUCUGCCCCAAGCCCGAGAAGGCCACGUACAAGGUCAAGGAGCAGAAGUGCCUCGCCAGGGAAAAAAGCGGCAGGGAAUAGUGUAUUUGUUCCUAGAAGGCCACGUACAAGGUCAAGGAGCAGAAGUGCCUCGCCAGGGAAAAAAGCGGCAGGGAAUAGUGUAUUCGUUCCAAGAAGGCCACGUACGAGGUCGAGGAGCAGGAGCAGGAGUGUCUCUCCAGGAAAGAAGGCUAAGAAGAGUCCAAAGAAAAAGGUAGCGAAGAAGCGUGCCUCAAGCCCUAAAAAGAAUGUGUCAAAGGGAGGAGCUAAAAAACCAACAACUUUAUCGAUGGUUGUCGCAGCUAUCACAGCUAUGAAGGACAGAAAGGGAUCGUCCGUCCAAGCCAUCAGGAAAUAUGUUAUGGCAAACUUCAGCAAAUUUCUUACUGCCAGUAGAGUUACGUCCUCCGUAAGGAUUGCUUUGGUGCGUGGACUGAAGACCGGAGCUCUGGUGAGACCUAAAGGAUCUACUGCCACUGGAGCGACCGGACGGUUCAAGGUUGGAAAAGCAAAGCCCAAGAAGGCAAAGAAACCAAAGAAACCAAAGAAAGCAAAGAAGGCAAAGAAACCGAAAAAGGCUAAGAAGCCAAAGAAGGCGAAGAAAGCUACAAAAGCCAAGAAGCCGAAGAAAGCUAAAAAAUCUCCCAAAAAGGCAAAGAAAGCUGCGAAGCCGAAGAAAGCUUCAAAGCCAAAGAAGUCUCCUAAGAAGAAAAAGGCUGCUAAACCAAAAAAGGCUGCUCCUAAGAAAGCUGCUGCAAAGAAAUCUAAGAAGUAG